AUGUCAAUCCGUUUCCAGAUCCCAAAGACGAUCACGAGGUAUCUCGACAUUACAAAGAAGAGGUGCAAGUCGGUCAAGACUACCAUCAUCAGCAGACUACCCAAGCGACCCACCUCCACUGCGCCUUCAGCCACCGCGCAGCCCACUAUCAACGAGACCAAUCGCACUGCUACUGCUUCCAACGAGAUGAAGCCUUACAUUGUGUGAGUUGCAUGCGACGUCAUUGCCCAACGAAGCCGCUCUGUCACAUGAGGUGGAUCCGCUGGUGCAGCUCUGUCGCUACGCAUCGCGUCGUCUUGUGCUCUCAAAGCUGAAUGCUAGCUCUUCCUUCCUGCCACACCCUCUAGCAUCUACAAGCAAGGAGCUCCAGACUCCGAAAUCGACGCAGAGAUUGCGCGCGUUCAAAAGGCGGGAGGCAAGCUCAAGCAGCGCUACGAUAGCCCUAUCAUGAGGGGCUUUGCUGCCGUCAUGCCCGAGAACUUUGCUCAAGGCCUGACCACCAAGAGUCUGGCUGGAGGCGAUGCUCAAAUGUGAGUUGGAAAGGGGAAUGGGCGCUCGUCUCGUUGGAGCAGUACAGACGGGCUUGUUUGGCAUCGAGAGCGUGGCAAGCGGUUCACCAGAACCUGCUCUUGCUAGCAAGCUGAGGCUGCUGCGAUGGCCUCGUCAGUUGGGCAAGACGUCUCGCUUGCUCUUCCAAGACUGACAAUUCGAGUGGCCCACCUCACCGUUACAGCGAGUAUGUCGAGCCCGACUCUGAGGUGCACACUCAGUGA